CGUACCAAGUUACAUGCAAAGGACAAAAUAUAAUAACAACAUUUCUUCCCUUCACUCUCUUCAAGCUUCUUUAAUGUCGGCUCUUCAAUGUCUCACUUUCCUCUUCUUGUUUCUCCUUCUCCAAGUCGCCACUCCUGCUUCGCCUCUCCCUCUUGGCCGGAGAAGGCCGGUUCUGGACAACAGCAACCACAGCAACUUCGCCAAGCAUCCACGUCGGGCGGUUUUCCCGGUGAACAGAGGUAGCUGUGAUCUUUUCGCCGGCAAGUGGGUACGGGAUGAGACCUACCCACUUUACCGAGCGGAAGAAUGUGGCGGAGGAAUGAUAGAUCGGGGAUUCGACUGCCAGACUUACGGCAGACCUGACUCCGAUUAUCUCAAGUUCCGGUGGAAACCUUUCAAUUGCGACGUCCCAAGGUUUAAUGGAGUGAAGUUUUUACAAGAGAUGAGGAACAAAACAAUAAUGUUCGUAGGUGAUUCAUUGGGUAGGAACCAGUGGGAGUCGUUGAUGUGCAUGAUGAUUUCAUCAGCACCGUUCAUUCAUACACAUAUCAUCCAUGAAGAUCCUCUCUCAACCUUCAAGAUACUUGAUUACGACGUUAAAGUAUCAUUCUAUAGAGCUCCUUAUCUUGUAGACAUAGAAAAAAUUCACGGAAAGACAACUCUUAAACUCGAUGAAAUCUCUGUCGAUGCAUCCGACGCUUGGCGCACGGCCGACGUUCUGCUGUUCAACACUGGUCAUUGGUGGAGCCACACAGGGUCUCUACGAGGGUGGGAGCAGAUGGAGAUAGGAGGGAGAUAUUACGGAGACAUGGAUAGGUUGGUGGCAAUGCGAAAAGGACUAACAACAUGGUCUAAUUGGGUCCUUCGUUAUAUCAACUCGCCCCUCACUAGAGUUUUCUUCCUCUCCGUCUCACCCACACACUACAAUCCAAAUGAGUGGACUUCAGGAGCAAAAGCUUCAACGAUAACUCAAGGAGGAAAAACCUGCUACGGUCAAACCACGCCGUUUAGUGGCACAUCGUACCCAACAAGCUCAUACGUUGACCAGAAGAAAGUGAUUGACGAAGUGGUGAAAGAGAUGAAAUCUCAUGUCUCAUUGAUGGAUAUAUCUAUGCUUUCGGCUCUUCGAAUUGACGGUCAUCCUUCAAUCUACAGUGGAGAUCUCAAUCCUUCUCUAAAGAAAAAUCCUGAUCGUUCAUCUGAUUGUAGCCAUUGGUGUCUUCCUGGUCUCCCUGAUACUUGGAACCAGUUGUUCUAUGCUGCUAUGUUGCUUUAAGAUUUGAUUACCAUUUAUCAACCAAAUGUAUCUAUUUAAUUAUAGUUUUGCUUUUUAUUGUAAGUUGGUACGUUUAACCAAACAUAUAAUUGUGAU